AUCUGCUCAGUCAACAACCAAAAGCAAUCCUAUUCAGUGUCAAAAUGGUGGAACUCCACUACAAAACAACCUGGCUUGUAUCUGUCCCCCUGGUUAUACGGGGACACUCUGCAGUAAUGCUGAAGCUCAAAUUGCAGUCAAAGACAACAUUGAAAGGACAGUCAAAGUUGCGAUGGAAGUGAAUGAACCCUUUACUACUGAAUAUGAAGACACAUCAUCAGCUCAAUAUAAUGAUUUUGUUAAAAAAUUCAUUGAAAAGGUUGAACCCCAUUAUAGGAAUAUCUCUAAUUUUGAGCGUGUGGACAACAUAAUUCUAAGUGCUGGUGGACCAAUAAUACAAAAAAGUAGGCAAAGAGGAAAAAGAAGCUUGACUUUGAAGGAAACUCAAAAAAGUCUGAAUGUUAAGCAUGAUGUUAUUCUUAACAUUACAAAUGAUAACAUCGAAGGUACUUAUGAAAAUCUCGUCAAAGAGUUGGAUGAGGUUCUCAGUGACAUAAAAGACAAUGUCGAAGGCUUAGAGGUAAAUGAUGUAGUUUCAACAAAGACUGACAUCAAAGAUGACAUCAAAGAGGUGUGUGCCGAGGCUACAAAAGAUUUAGAUGAAGUCUUCCAAAAGUAUUAUGAUCCAUUUGUUACUAAUGGCAAAGUGGUAUGUCUGAGUGCAUGCAAUAGCGCUCAUUCUACACCAAAAACGUGUAUGAACCAUGGCACCUGUGGAGUUUCUAAACAAGGUCCAUCCUGCUAUUGCCUCGAAACUGAUGCUAACUGGUACUUGGGAGAGGAUUGCAGUUUCCAGGUGCACAAGGUUGGAUUCUAUGCCGGAUUGGGAACAGUGGCAGCCAUUGCAGUAAUAACUGUAGCAUUCCUGACAGCUUAUCUUGUGAUAAACAAACAGGUGGUAAAAAGGAAUAAGGACAUUAAGCAAGAUCUAGUGAAAGAAUGGUUAGAUGAUGACUUUGAGUGGCCACCACAAAAGAAAACAUCAAACUCAGUUGGCAUGUAUGAUAAUCCAGUAUACUCACCGGGAGGCAUGCAUAAGCAGAACAGUUUAGAAAAAUAUAAACCAAAUUUCUCUAUGGAUCGAUACUACACCCAGAAUUUCUCACCUGAACCUGAUAUUAAUCUCCGGAAUCUUCAGAGAGAUCAGUUUAUGAAAAUGAACAAACCUCAGAUCCGGACAUCUUUUGAUAUUUAAGUGUGAUAUUCGAAAUGUAUGGAAUUUAACACAAGUAGAAUGGCUCUGUUUGACGUAUUGAAUGUAUCUGUUGCUUGGAUGCUUUAAAAAUAUCCAGUCUUGAUGUAUCAAUCCCAAAUCUAUUAGGAGAGAGUUCUAUUUAUACCAUAAAAUUUAGUAAUAGUACAAUUGUGCAUAUUUUCUGUAUCUCAGAUGUGUGACAAACAUUGUCCGACUAUAUUGUGUUUGAUCACAUGAUGAAGAGAAGCAGUGAAACUUUAGAAAAGCCCUGCUUCCCUUCAGAUAUGUUAUCAAAAUAAUGAAGGUAGCAAAAUAAGAAUAUAGUGUAGAGCUAUAUCAUUUUUACAGGUUUUACUUUGUUAGUGCUCCUUCAGGAGUCCUUGUGUUUUAUUAUUGUUGUUCUUUAUCACAUAGUAUUAAUAUGAAUUAGUUUGUAAAUUACAUAUUAACCACAAAUUAUUUAUUAUCAUUAUAUUCCACACGUUUGUAAAUUUUGUAAAUUGACACUUGCUUAUGUUCAAAUUAAUAAAUAUCUAUAUUCUCAA